AUGUUUGAGGUUGAUGAUUGGAAUAUGAAUGAGCAGGACUCGAUUAUGGAACUCAAUUAUAGUGUACAUAACGAAGUAGUACAACAUGACAGACAAAACGAAAGAAUUGAGGUAAAAAAUACUUUGGAUCAAGAGUCCAAAAAUGAAGAUACUUUUUCAACCCAUCGUCAAGAUAUGGUUCUUGAUAUAUUUAGAAACAAAGACUUCAUGCAUACAAAUACUAAAAUCUCGCUAAAUCUAGAUAAUAAUUCAGUGCAAAAGCUGUCUAAUGACUCAAAUGAAUUUUUUCCUGAUUCUUGUAAUAAGACAGAAGUAAAUAUUAAGAUAACUAAGCCAAUUUUCAGGUCAGCUUACAAAAUAAGAGAAAAUAAUGUUGGCAUAGUCGACCACUUCCCAUGCAAAAAAAGUGUAGUAUUUGCAGAGCCAGUAGAACCAACUGUUUUAAAAGAGCUUUUAGUACGCGAAAAUCGACCAAUUUUAAAAAAAAACAGCAAACAUGCUCACAACAGUAACUUUACAUGCAUGAAUAAUACCCAUAUGUCACAGUUACCUAUUCAGAAAAGCAAGAAAUCUAUAUCAUUAAAAAAAAAUGUGGUUAGAAUGUUUCCUGGUCCUGCUGGUCUUUUAGUUGAUACUAAAUUAAUCCAAGCUCCAGUUGUUGAUGUUGACAAACGCGAAAAUAAAAAUAAAAAACACAGUAAUGUAUGUUCUCAAAAUACUGAAAACUUAUUUACUACAGGGGCUUGGCAGAUUAUGAUGGAUGAUUUCCCACCUUACUUUGAACUCCAAGAUAUUGCAACUGUCCAAGAAAACGCUUCUGAGUUAAGUAAAAAAUUUAAAAAAGUACCUUACCUUGCAGGACUCAUUCAUACCAUCGAUUACAAACCAAAUAAUCCACACAUUGUUCUUAAAGAUAUUUCAGGCAAAAUUAAUGCUUGUAUUCACCACAGUGUAUGUAAAAACUAUCCUAAUGCACUUGGAACAAACGUAGUUCUUCUAAUUAAAGAUGUUAGUCUCAUUGUGACAAGUAAGAAGUUUGUAUGCAUCAUUAUUACAAUGAAGAACUUAGUGAGCAUUUACUCUGAAGACUGUCGAUUAGCCGAAACACAGAAUCUCAAAUUAUUAUUAAGUAGCAAAUUUAAUAGCGAUGUACCACUACCCAAAGUUACUUUGGUAAAUAAAAAUAACAGAGGUAUAAGUGAAGUUUCUUCUCCAAGUGUACGACAUACUGACAUCAAGAGUAAACUUUGUUUGAAACGUAACAAUAUGAAAUCAUUAAGAAAAGUUUCAAGUUAUAAAAAUUCAUCUAACUACUUAAACAAUAGCGAUAUUAAUGAUUCCAACGACUUUCCAAAUAGUAAGAAACAUAAUCAAACAGUUGAUUUACAAAACGUUUUUCAAGAUGAUUCUUUGUUUGAAGUAGACAUUGUUGACCUUAAUUUUUUCACCACUAAUCAAUUUCCUUCGUCAACUCCAACGAUUAUAAAUAAAAGAAAUUUAUGUAAAUAUUUUAAAAAUAAAGGUAAGCAAAAAUGA